AUGGCUGCGACUGUUACUCCCUCCCACAACCGGCUGAAGCUUACACCCUCCAACUCACCGUUUCUAUCCCGCCCGCCCAGAUCCCCAAUGCGCGGCCGGGCCAUGCAUGAAUCCCGGCUCUCGUUGAAACGAGUCGUCGGUACCACCUGCCGUUCACCAACUGGACUCGGCACAGUAAACUCCUCCUUUGCCUAUCUUGCAGGCGGCGCCGUUGUCGUGGUUGACGUGCAAGACCAACUAUACUCUCAGCGAUUCUAUAGGGCUCGGCCAACCGCUGUGCCUGCGUACUCUGUAUCAACUACUCAGAAUGCCCCCUCGACGCCAAUGGCAGCGACACCAAAGGCCAACGACAGUCGGAAUCGAGUCGCCGCCAACUAUCGCGACUCGCCUUAUAGCCCCCUGGAGUGGACCGACUCGCCAAGUGGUUCCAGAACCUGGACAAGUCGGGAGAGGAUCAAGGCUGCUACGUGUCUGGCCUUGAGCCGUGAUGGACGCUAUCUGGCAGUAGGCGAGACUGGCUAUGCGCCUCGGGUUCUAAUCUUCAGUCUGUUGGAUGCUUCAUCUGAUAUACCGCUCGUGUCAAUCAGCGAGCACGCCUUUGGCGUUACGGCCGUUGCCUGGUCAGACGAUUCCAAAUAUCUCGCAUCCUUGGGCGCUGCCAACGAUGGAUUUCUCUUUGUUUGGAAAAUUGAUGCAAAAACCGGAGCCGCAAAACUCUUCCAGCAAAACAGGUGUACGUCAUAUGUCAAGGACAUGGUCUGGAUGGGCAGCAGUUUGAUAACACUAGGCGUAAGGCACGUCAAGGUGUGGAAGAUUGAGGAUGGGUCUAGUACAUCUCCCACGAAACCCAAGCUAUGGGCCGAUGCGACGUCUUCUUCGCCCACCUCCUUGAAACCUUUGCCUGGAAGGAACAUGCUUCUGGGUCACUUGCUGGAAGCGACUUUCAGUUGCGCGGCCGUUGAUGGCAACAGACUUAUACUAUGCACGGAAUCUGGAGACGUUUGUAUCCUCGACGACGACGAUAGGCAGAUGAGGUUAACAAGGGUGAUGAACCUGGAGUUUUGCAUCACGGCCAUCACGAUUCGUGGAAACACGGCCUACGUCGGGGGAAGAGACGGCCAGUUUGCAACGUUGGAUGUCGAAGGCGUCAUGGGCGGGUGUGCGACCAGUUUGCUUACGAUUAAUCAAGCCUCAGCUGGCGUUGUCGCUCUUGGCUUCUUGGCCGAAAACCUUGUGACGAUAGACUCGAACCAGUCUAUUGAUAUUUGGAAUUCCGACUAUCUCCCUGGACAGCAAGCAGACGCGCUGGCCCAUAUUCCAAUUCCCGGGCAUGGAGAACCCAUCAUGGGCGUGCAUGCCUUGCAUCGACCGAACAAGGUAAACGCCUCGUUUUUGACGUGGUCAGCCUCGGGGAAUGUUACAUUUUGGGACUUGGAUGGACGGAUCAAGUUGUCAUUUGACGUGCCCAUGGAGAAUAUGGAGCCCGAGAAUGAGCUGGUGUUGAUCAAUCAGCUUACCUGCGCUCGAGCAACGAAGAGCGCAAAGUUGCUCGUCGCAGCCGACCGUCAAGGAAUCGUCCGCGUCCUCGAUGUAGACUCCAAUACUUGUGUAAUGGACACCAAAGCACACUCUUCUGAAUGCCUAUGCAUCAGCAUAUUCGAAGAAGAGUCCAGUUUUCUGAUGGCGUGCUGUGGCAGAGACCGUACAGCCCAGUUGUUCCACCGCAACUCUAGCGGCAAAAUCGAGCACUUUCAGACUUUGGAGUUUGCAGCCAAAGUAGUUCAGGUUCUCAUCCCAACAGACAACAGGAUACUCACUUGCUCUCUAGAUCGCACCUUGCAGAUUCACGAUAUUGUAUCUCGGGAGGGAGAAUCAGACAUCAUUGCGGCUAUUCCAAACAAGGUUAUUUCGUUGAAAGCAUCACCAACGUCCAUGGCCGUGGCUCCCGGCAACGGAAGUAUUUUCGUGUCCCUGUUGGAUCGGUCUGUCUGCCAGUAUGAUCUACUGACAGGCAGGCAAACGUAUUCCUUCAAAUGCACGGACGAAGGCGGAGCGGAAUCUGCAGUUCUUGAAUCGCUAUACGUCGGCCAGUGGCCUCUUAAAGACAUGGACUUCUUGCUUGGCUCGUCCAACACGGACAAGUCUGUGCGGGUUUACGAUGCAAACUCUGGCACGUUCCUGGACAGGGAAUGGGGCCAUACAGAAGCAAUCAACGGGGUGACCUUGCUCGAGGAUGACGAUGGCAGCAGGAAAGUUGUUAGCGUUGGAUCUGAUGGAACCAUCAUGAUUUGGGCGCUUGAUCUGAACGAUCCUUCACCGAGUUCGAUGAUUAGGGAUCCGUCGCCUGUGAAGGAGAUGUCCAACUACGCACGACCAACUCUUCGAAAGGUGCUUUCCAAGGCGGAGUUGGCUGAGUUCCAGCGCCCGUCAAUCUCCCCGGCGGGUCGCCGCUCACCCCCUCGAACCUUGCGUCGGCGAACAUCUCGUCUGACGCUCGGGGCGGCCUCUACCGCUCAGCGGACCCCGACAGGGAACCUGGCGACGAGCUCAAGUGAGAGUGCCAUCAAUGAGGAUACGCCGUCGCGACGAAGACCAUCGGAGCCCAAUAGAGGCGACAGUCCACCUGCGAGCCCAAAGUCGAGAGUCAGUAGAACUCCCUCCAUGCCAGCUCUGCCUGCCGUCGCGAAGAAGAAAAACUCGUCUCCAAACCUCAGAGGAUUUGGCUCCUUGAAUAUGGCCACGGAACAAGCUUGCCGCACCCUGCGAGCGUACAGGAAGAAGCUUUCUUCUGCCGAGCCCAUCACUGCCGAAGGCCUGGCCGAACUGGACCAGGAAUUGCGUCUCACCGCCGCAGCGCUUGGUGAUCGCGCGAUAAGAAGCAAAGCUAUGAACGAAACGGUCCUCAGUGGAUUGUUGGACCAGUACUCGGAAAGACUGGUUACAUUGUUGGACGAAAAAUUGCGUCUCACCAGCCAUCUACCGCGACACAGGGAAAUCGAGAUGCAGAUCGAUAAUCGUCCUCGCAGCGCGGACGGCACGUCAAGCUCCUCGUCUCCCUAA